CAGGUGGACCACGUGAACAACUUGCCACUUACCUCGCCAUUAAUUAAUGACCCAGUUGUUAGCGUUCAUGUUCAUGAGCAAUUAAAUUAGCUCAACUAAUAUUUAUCGCACGCCUGCAUAAAUUAUUGACGAAUGGAACAGAGCGCAAUCGCCAAGCUAGCUGUUGAAAUCCUCAAGGAGAAUCGCAUCCCUUUGUAGACGUUGCCAUGGAGGAUUACAUAGUGAACUGGGUGAUCUCGGGGGCGCUCUUCUGGUCGACGACCUUCUUGCUCGUCCGCAGCCUGCUUCAGAAUCGCUCCUUCGACUUCUGCAACCGCGUCGUCUCUACCAUCCACGCCGCGGUCGCUGUCUCCUUCGCCUCCUUCUCCGUGCAGGACUGGAGAUGCCCUGCGUGUCCCCUGGCCUCCAGCUCCUCUCCUCUGCAGAUGAAGGCGUUGUCCGUGACGCUGUCUUAUUUGAUUUAUGACAUGGUGUGCUGCCUGUUCGACGAAAAUCCCAAGAUGGACAACUUAAUCCACCACGUAGUUAGCAUCGUUGGGAUCGGAGCAGGGCUCGCCUAUGAAAUGUGUGGGUCAGAAAUGGUGGCAUCGAUGUGGAUCACAGAGAUUUCUAGUCCUUUCCUCCACAUGAGGGAGCUUCUAAAAGAGCUUGGUUACAGAGACACCAACCUCAAUUUCACUGUCGAUGUUUUGUUUGCCAUUACCUUUUCCUUGGCCAGGAUGGUUGUUGGCCCAUGUCUGACAUAUGUGACCCUAACAGCAGAAAAUCCGCUCCUGAUUAAGGCCAUGGCGCUGGGUCUGCAGCUGGUCAGUGCGUUUUGGUUCUACAAGAUCGUCAAGAUGUUACGAUAUAAGAUUGCAAAGAGGACGAGGACGGUUGAUAAGGCAGCCAAAGUUUCUGUUCAUUGAAUUUAAUUAGUGCUUAGUGAAUGAAACAAAAUUUGUCGAUAUUGUAAUUUGCUUCUGAAUUCUAGCUUCUCGUGAAA